AUGGCAGAGAACAAACUAAUGUCAUUCGCCGCAGCUCAAGAACGUGAAACAAUGUUGGUCAAUAUCGAACAGAAGGAGAAUUUCACCACCGAGUUCAGAAGCUACGAAGAUGAUGCUUGGUAUACUGUCAUGGUUAUGAUGGAUGACAACGGAACACUCAGAGUAAGGUUCGAAAAAUCCAUCAAUGAAGAAGACCAGAUGUUUGAACCUUCAUUUUUCGGAUCCAUGGAAGAUCUUCUGGACUUUGAGAAACGCUUCAGGCCUCUCUCCAUUCAGGUUCAGGAUGAUGAAUGUGAUAUGCUUGUACCAGAUGUUAAGGUCUGCGCUUGUCAGCAUUUCGGCCCCGAUGAGCUCCGUUUUUACGACGCUGUUAUUGAUUCCGUGGAAAAAAACAAGCAUUCUCGCAAAAAAAAUGCCGAGUGCUUGUGUAACUUUAAAUUAUCCUGGUUAAACGGGCCAAAAGUUGGAAAAUCGACUGCAGCUAAAAUUGGGGACAUAUGCAUUAUUCAGCCUAUACUACAGCUUGAUCCAGUCGUGGCUACAUUCCUUGAGAUUGCAAGGUGGAGACUAGAAUCGCAAUCUGAACAGGAAAUGCUAGAAACUGAGAACCACAAGGAACAUUCUAAUGCAAAUCGACGUGGCAAACAAUCUGUUGUGCGUGCCUGUGCCUGUUCUCCUGAAGUUUUUGUGAUUCUCUUCCUAUAA